UUUUGCAUGGCCUGCUGUGCCUAGCCAACGCCAUCAACUUCACAACCGUCUACGAGUGGGACAAAUUUGAUUUCGCCUGGCCGUCAAGAGCGAAAAGUUCAAAUGGACAGAUUCAACGAAAUUUUAUUCCAAAGAAUGUUCAUUUUCUUAACCUGGCUGUUUUUGAGAAAAGACUUUUUCUAAGCCUUAUUCCGCAUGCUGGAAUUCCCACCACACUGAUGUGGUUGCCAACGAGCGGCACGUCGACCGCGCCUCCAAAGCUUGCUCUGUUCCCAUCCUUGGAUUUACAUAAAGAAGACAACUGCGACACUAUUCAAUGGGCCAAAGGUAUGGAAACGGACACUGAUGGUCGGUUGUGGGCGCUUGACCUAGGUAGCAGCAAUUGUCCGAGCAAACUUUGGAUAUUCGACCUUCUCAACAACGACAGAACCGAGCGCGUUCACCAGUUUCCGGACACAGUUGUCUCUCAUUCAUAUAAUAAAAGGAAGCUGCAUGAUUUAGUGCUCGACAAAACGCCAGACGAUUACCUUGCGUAUAUUGCGGACCUUUUUUCUGAGCGCAUCGUAGUUUACAGCCGAAAAACCGACAAAUCUUGGUCAGUUAAAACAACAGGGGAUCGUUGGCUUUCCUUGGCAAUCUCUCCUAACAGGGAAGCGAGACAGUCGUUGUACCUUAUUGGAAUAUUAGGCUCAAAAGUACUGAAUUCAGUGUCUGUGUCUGAGCUGAAGAAUGAAGGCGGAAGCGCUGCUGUUAAAUUCAUUGGCAAUUUUACUGAAAAACCUUACAGAAUGUUGAUCGACAGUGCCAAUGUCUUGUAUGCCGCAUUUUACUUCCAGAAUUACUUCUCCAAAUGGAAUACUUCGGAGCCCUUCCGUGAGCAGCGUUUACAUGAGGUCGGAAGUCUGGAUGGUAGUUUGCCAUUUACUUUUGCCUUGGACGAGAACGACACUUUAUGGGUAAUGGAGAGAAACGUAAUUGGGGGUGAGGCUAGGCAUAAACUACUCAAGGCUGCAGUCGGCGCAAGAUCAUAGUUACUCAGGCCAUCCACAGGUAUAAAUUAAAUCCAAAAUGAACUUUCCAUUGCGAGGGAAAUAUAAUAAAAUUUUGUAAUGAAAUUCUGAGAUCGUAUUUAAUUUGGGAAUCGUUUUUGCUUGUAGUCGGACUUUGUUGAAUAAAAACUCGUCAAUCAUAUAUAUACAUCAAUUUAUGAUUAAUAAACAUUUAAUAAAAUAACGGUAUUUAAUUUUAAAAUUUUAAAUAAAACCAUUUUUGCGUGGUGAUUAACUCCAGCACGGGCUUUUCUCUGUAAAAAAAAAAAUAGUUUUCCCCUUCGACGUGAGAUUGUGCGGUAGAAAAGUAAUUUUUAAUCAAUUCAUUUAAUGACCGCUUUUUCUCAUUUAAUUUUCUUUUGAAAUGCUUUAAAUUCACAAUUUUGCCACCUCUUUAUUUGUGUAAUAUUCAUUCAUUGGUAAC